UACUAAAUAAAUAUUUUUAAUAGUAAAUAUUUUGAUAUAAAUAAAUUGACAGAUUGAAUCUAAAAUGUUUUUCAGGAUUCGAAUGAAACAAAAUAAGUACCCCUUAUUGUUUUUAACUCAAGGUGUUACAGAAAAAUAUCCUGCUUAUUUAGAUUUAAGGACAUCAUCUGUUCCUAUGGCUGCAUUUUUUGCACUUAGCAUUGGAAUCCUGGGUAUAGAUGUUCAUGCAGAAGAAAUUCUAAAGAAUAGAUCAUUAAUAAGUUUUGUGAAAAGUAAAAAUCUUGUUCUAUUUAUUUGGGGAGAUGAUGUAAAUUGCUCACAUCUUAUUAACAACCUAAAAGAAGAGGGUGUUGAUGGUAUAAUAUAUGAUAAAUUAAAAAUUAUUAUCUAG